AGUGAAGUACGUACCAUUGACAUUGGCAUUCGUAAACACYGGAAACGUCAUCAUGUCGGACAAUCUAUCUAAAGAGACCGGCGAUUUCCACAAGUUUUCCAGGCCCUCGGCCGGGUCCCGGACCGUCGAGGGGAACACCAGCGGAGCCCGUGCCAUGCGAUUGGAACGCCAGCGGGCCAAGGAGCAGGAAGACUUUGAGCGCAUCAAGCGCCAAAAGAUAUCCGACAACAACCACGCCAAGCUCGAAAUCGGUUCCAAGUUCCAGCAGGCACGGAUCGGGAGCGUKGAGGAACAGACCUUCCGGGCCAAGACGGUGGGGCUCGUGACCGCGGAAGAAUUCGUCAGGGCGGCCARCGAGAAGGAUGGAAACUUGACGAACGGUUCCGAGCGCCCGAUGACGGAAGAAGAACGAGCCGCCGCCGUAAAAAUGGCGGCCGCGAAAGCCAAGAAGGAAGCGAAACGGUCUCGAAAGAAAAAGAAGGAAAAGAAAAAGCGAGCCGCACUAUUGAGUUUCGGAGGCGACGAAGAGGAAGAGGWGGAAACGGGACACUCGGACGAAAACAAAGCAACAGAAAACAAACCACCAAAGACCACGGGUGGUGGMGGCAGCAGCAAGAAAGACCCCACCAUUGACACUUCCUUYCUGCCCGACAAGGAACGCGAGGAAGCCCUCGCCGCGGAACGAAUUCGAUUGGAAAAAGAAUGGAAACAGCGCCAGGAGGAAAUCAAGCAGGAAAAACUCCAGAUAACCUACUCGUACUGGGAUGGAUCCGGCCACAGACGGACCUGCACAAUCCGCAAGGGGGACYCGGUGGGGGACGGAUUUCUCGAAGUCGUCCGCAAAGAUCUUUGCCGGGAGUUCAAGGAACUCGGGAAAAUCGGGUGCGACGCCCUCCUGUACGUCAAGGAGGAUCUGAUUCUCCCCCACGACAUCACCUUUUACGACCUCAUUGUUACGAAAGCGCGUGGAAAAUCGGGCCCGCUCUUCCACUUCGAUGUCAGGGACGACAUCCAGGUCGGACCCACCGAUGUGAGGAUCGAAAAGGACGAAUCGCACCCGGGAAAGGUCGUCGAACGGAGCUGGUACGARCGCAACAAGCACAUCUUUCCGGCAUCCAGGUGGGAGGUAUACGAUCCGGCCAAGAACUACGGCGGAUACACUAUCGCCGGCAAGAUUGUGACAACGAAGGAAAACGGGCACAACAUCUUUCAAAAGUAAGCCGUACGGGAAUGAACAAUUUUUGACGGUUUGACGUGGAAACAAACURGAUCACGACGAAUUAUUGCUAUUCAACGUCAUUGACGAACAACACUAACGAAGUUAUCUACAAAUCUCGAAGUUGGAGAGGAUUUAAUGAAUCGUUGAUUGAUCCAUUCGUCCUGUUUUCCACAKAAUAGUUGAUUUCUAGCUUCUGGUGGCGUAUAAAAUGUACACGUCAACCGUUUUUUUCUGUAGGAAAAAUAAUCCGAACAGAAUCCUUGGUGACAAUGACAAACUACGAACUCUGAGUCAAAUGCGUGAACGAAAUGGCAUUCGGAUCAAAACAUSGGCCGAUAAUAUUUUGAUCGACGAAACGUUGAUGAUUCCUAGAUCUUAUACAGUAAUGAAAAACACGGAUUUUUGCUUCGGUUUUGAAAAAUGAUUUUGGCGCAACUGAAUAGAAGAAUAUACGAUGAAUGAUUCACGUUUUUGUGUCCACGAUACGCAGAGCGUGUUGACUCAUUCAUGGAAACUUGAAGAACGAAACCAAUAGCAGCGCCAACGUUUUCAAUGAGCAACRCAUCRUCAAACACUUUCGUGAAGAGAGGGAACAAGAACAAGCUAGAGAAAAAAUGCUGUAAAAGAUA